UCGUCAGUCGAGCGCCGGUCGUCGAUCCGAGCGAACUACGCAUGCGCUGUGCGCCAUUACGAACUGUCAAAAUCGAAGAAACGUAAAUAAACAAGUGAAUAGUUUGUGCUCAAUUUAAAGUGUGUGGUACAUUGUUAACAUACUAUUUGAAACCUAUACGUGCCAAUUAGUGCAACGAAUUUGCAAGUACUUCAAAGUGAUGUGCAGAUAAGACUGAAGAUAAAAUGAAUGCACUAGCACUUUUUAUUUUAAGCGUUUCACUUUUAUGUGAUGCUAAACUACCAAGACACAGGCAGAUACAGCCGAAUGAUUUAUCGGCAAACCAGAACCAGACAUUACGGAUACAGACAGAGAAAAAGAACGAGAGAACGACUCGGAUAGUUAACGAAUAUAGAACGCGGCAUCGGAGGGAAUCAUUCGAUUCGAGAUCGUAUGAAUCGAGUUUAAUAUGGGCACACUCAGAACGAUUGGAUGAGAACGGCGAUGUAUUAUUGCGAUGGGUGAACAGUGAUUCGAGUAUAACGUUUAGACUAGAGGCGAGAACUCGUGGUUAUGUUGGUUUGGGGUUUAAUUCUGGGAGAAAUAUGCGAGGCGCCGACUUGGUUGUUGCUUGGGUGGAUGACAGGCAUGGAAAUGCUCAAUUACUGGACUGCCACGGAUUGACCUUCGAAGAUAGAGCGGUAGCCGACGAAGUGCAGAACUACGAGCUGAUCUCGGGCUAUCAAAAUGACACUCAUACCACACUCGAGUUCAGAAGACAACUGGAUACAUGCGACAAACAGGACUUCAUUAUUGGCGAGGACACUACUCAAAUCCUAUGGGCUCUCGGUUCAGAAGGCUCUGACGGCGAGCUUCCAAGGCACAUGCACAAUGGUAUACGACCGUUAAGGCUUUUGCAACCCUUGUCAAAACCGGACACGGUUCCGUUAAAACAUUGGGAUGUUAAGAUCGCUAAUCUCACCAUACCGCACGUCAUGGCAACCCUGUUCUGGUGCAAAGUUUUCAAAGCACCCGAUCUACUAAAGAAGCAUCAUAUUGUCGGAUACCAGCCAUUAAUAGAUAGUAGACCGAUUCGUAACAAAAUUCCGGUCGUUGAAAAGGAUAGCUUAUCACCAGUACAUCAUAUGGUUUUGUACGAGUGCGCUGGGGAUCACGAUAAGAGAAUGUGGACUGAAUGGGCGGAGGGUGAAGGUUUCUUUGGGCCCAGUCGACCGGGUGAAUUGGCUACCUGUGUUACACCCAUUGCUGCUUGGGCUAUGGGAUCAAAAGGUGAAUUUUUGCCUGAAAACGUCGGAAUCCCACUAGGCGAGAGGGGAGGUGUCUCCUACUAUAUGUUGGAGGUUCAUUAUGAUAACCAGGCGUUACAUGAAGUACUAGAUAACUCCGGUAUUCGAAUCCACUACACACCGCAACUCCGCGCCCACGACGCCGCCCUGCUUGGCGCCGGAAUCGGUGUUUCCGCCCUACACGUCAUUCCGCCCAAACAACGUGCCUAUAGAACUGUGGGAAUAUGCAGUCCUGAAUGUACUAAUAAUACUAUGCCCGAAGAAGGAAUAAACAUUGUCUCCGUUUUGCUGCACGCUCAUGGAACAGCUCGCAAAAUAACAUUAAAACAUAUUAGGGGAAACGAAGAACUGCCAAAAAUAUCAGAAGAAAACGUUUACGAUGCCCGAUACCAACAAUCCCGUAUCGUUCCCGGGGGAAGGAAGUUUUACCGAAGAGAUACUUUGAUCACUGAAUGUACUUACGAUAGUACAAUGCGAAAUAAACCUAUUUUGGGUGGAUAUUCAGCGACUCAGGAAAUGUGUCUAUCAUUCAUAUUAUACUACCCACGAACUCAGCUCGCUGGUUGCUACUCUAUGACGCCUGUGGUGGAAUUCUUCGAAACCUUCGGCGUGAAGGAGUUUUAUGGACUCAGCAUGAUGCAAGUGGAGAAAAUAUUUUUAUCGUCUGGUAACGUAGAGAGUUUGCCACAAGAAAUCGAAAGUGGACUUACUGCUGUCCAGGGAGACGACCAAGGCGUAGGUUUAAUGAAAGGACUUGUCAUCAAGGAGCCUCCAGAGUUCCGCAAUAAAACCUUCAUGGCCCAUCUCAAUGAGAUGCCAUGGUCCGAGCCACUACUGACUGAGCAGAUUGAGAAAACUCUUUACCAUGGAUGGCACAUGACCUUCUGCAAGAAGAGAGACGACUCUUGGGGAGCGCCUAUACAAAUUCAGAACUAUCCAAACUACACGAAGCUUUCGAACAACGACGCAUCAGAAAAAUCUUGUCACUACAAAAGUAUGCGUCUGCCGUCCGUCACAACGACCACAGGUUCAGCAUCCACGAACAGUUGGUCGGCGAUUUUAGUCUUAAGCAUUCUGAUCGUUGCUCGAUAAUUUUUGAUUGUUGUUUUUUUGGGCUUUUUAAACCGGUUGCAUCUGUAACUUUGGAGAUAACCAAAGCGGUCAACUGCGAUUAUUGGGGAUGUUCAAUGUUUGUAUUUAUAACUCAAUUAUCAAAAAAAUUCGAACAACCUUAUACCUUAUAACUUUUGAACAAACUGCUACAACCUUUUUUUAUGAACGUAUACCCAUAACAGUAAGUAUUGACACGCAUAUGACCGUUUCGGGUAUUUAUCAAAUUCUCGAAAGCCCAUUUGUUUUUACUGUUUGAGUUUUUUAGAGCUUAUGUGUCCAAGUGAACAAGUGUAUAGUAUUAUUAGUUUUGAAAUAGGCUAUGGUUUUAAUUAAUUCGCGGUAACUUCAAGCUUACCAGCGAUUUCAUUCCGAUUUCACUAUUGAGAUCAAUGCUGGUACUGAAUAUAUUUCCAAUGCAAUUUCGAUUAGAUUCCUUGAAGAAUAUUGUUUGGAUAUUGAUAUCCAAAGCGCUGAUGUUGCAACCUUGGAAUCGUGCGGUACAAAAGCUCAACGCUAUGUACAUUUACGACGUUAGAUGUUAUUAUGAUUUUGUUGUGUUUACCAGCUAAUUAUAUCAAUUGAAAUCGGGUUGUUUGAGUAGCGGGGCUGCCUCGGAUCUAUGACAAUAAAGGCAUAAUAUUUAUUUUUACUAUUAAAAAGUCUUUUCUUAUUUUUCGAUACGAUGUUAAAACGUGACAAUGCAGUAAUAUAGUAAUAAAUUGAUGUCGUAGCAUAUGAAUGUAUGUGAUUUUUGUACUUAUGUGACAUACUCACGAAAACGUCGUCUGGUCGCAAAUACAAUUAGAUUAUAUUCAAAACAACUUUCUGCUCAAGAAUCCCUAUAUUAAAAGUUACAGAUUUUUUGAGUAUUUACAAAGACUUUUUAAGCAAGAAUUCUUGCCAGUUAGAACAAUUGAACUAUUUUUCUGAUUAAUAUUUAAAAUUCACGUAAAAUAUGGUAACUAACGACUUGCGGUCAGUCAACGUUUAUAUAUGUAUGAGUGUUGUUUUAUAGGUGAUAAUCGAUACCAAAUAAUGGUAUAUAUUUGUAUUGACUGAAAUUUCUUCCUGAUAAGCAACAACUUCAUACGAUCCAAUAAGAUACUAUUAACGAAUUACUAUAUUGGCUUUUAAAACCACAAAUACUAAACGUCAGUUUUAUUGUUAUUUGUGUGAAUAGAAUAACAUAGUAAUUAAUAAUUGUACUAUAUAUAUGGAUUUAUGUUCCCUCUAAGAAGUCUCUUUAUAAGAAGACUGAAAAAAAACUUGUAAUGGCUUUUUUAUAACACGAUCUAUGUUUAAUUAGUACAUACUUAAAUUGCCAUUUUAUUUCCAAUGAUUCUAAUGUUGAUAAAAUAUAUACAAGCAAAUAGUAUCGAUUCAUUUGAAAUUUAGAUUAUCUGAAAUCGUUUGAAAUAAAAUAAGUGAAUAUUUCUAUAGAAAUAAUUUUUCAUAAUUACCUAUGGGUUAUUCAAUUCAAUCGUUUCCGUUUAUAAUGAUGAUUUUAUUAAUUUGUUCGGAAUGUUGAGUUGUUAAGAUUAAUUGUAUUCCUAUAACAACUACAUAGUUAUUUGUAACUAUUAUAACGUUCUACUGGUUUGCUAUACAAUGGGCCAUACAAAGGAACAUAGCUGUCAUUCGUUUAUUAGAAACGUAGCCAGGAGCAAAAACCGUAAUAUAUAUUGGUGCAUAGCUCAAUAAGCCAAACAUAUACCAAUGGACCUGAGUUCAUAUUCGACAAAACUAUUAACACAAGCGGUAACUUCUGCAAAUUAAAUUAAAAGUUGGUAUAGACCAACUGUGCACUAUUUCAUAGUGCAUAGGCACUAUGAAAUUACGUAACGUCUUAUAUACAGGAAAAUGUAUUCGGCAAUAAAGUAUUUUUUAAAGAAUUAUAUCCACAAAUUUACCUAAAAAGGCUUCGCUUCGAUAGUAUCAUCCUGUAAUGAAUAAAUGCAGUAUGGCCCCAAUCGGUGAUACGCCCCCAGCCCCAAUUGGGGGUAUGUAAUGAAUAUAUAGUAAUAAGAUUUUACAUACAUAAGGGCUGUGCUGUUUAGACUCUGGUUACAAAACUUCCCCUCAUCUAUUUUAUAAAUUUUACACGUUUGGGUAUUUGAAUACGUCCCAAAUAAUAAUUUGAGUCAUUUAGAACUAUUGAAUUUUGCUAUAAUGUAAGACUAGUUAUAAGUAUACGCUUAGUAAUUAAGAUUUAUUUAUUAAAAGUCAAUAUAAUGUGUUUUAUUACUUUAA